AUGUGGUGGGGGGGUUCAGAUGUCUUCGCAUGGCUCUCGUCGUCUCUCCUUCUCUUGAUACCUGUCGUUCAUUGUCUUACCGAAAACCCCUUCAUCAUCAAAGAGUCCGCCCAACUCCCUCGUGGCUGGUCCAUUUCGUCAAGACCUUCUCCGCACGAACGCCUAACCCUUCACAUCGGUCUCGUACAAACAUGCCCUGAGGCAAUCGAGUCCCUGCUUUACAACAUUAGCGAUCCAAGCAGUUCUUCCUACAGUCAGUUCCUUUCUCGCGAGGCCGUCCUUCCGUACUUCAGGCCCCCCAACACGACCCUCCUUGCUGUCAACAACUGGCUCCGUUCCAAUUUGAUAUGGCCACCAACAAAAAUAUCCCCUGCAAAGGAUUGGUACACGAUUAGUGCGACCGUCGCUCAAGCAGAGGAGCUGCUCAAUGCCGAGUUCAAAGCAUAUAUCCAGCCAUAUUCGGGCGAGCGGAUUGUGCGAGCGACAGCAUAUGGUGUUCCCCGCACCUUGGAUAAGCAUAUCGAUACAAUCCAGCCAAUUACAAUCUUUCCUGGUGCGGGACGGUCGACGAGGUCAUUCUCGAAUGUGCGUCGAUUAAGCUUCCCGGGCCCUUCGGACAGGAGACGUGUACGCGCACUCAACGCGCCGGAUGAAGUACACCUCGCAAAAAGUCCUCAUGUGAUGCUCCCAUCUCAGUUUCCUAACUGCACCUCCAGUCCCAUUGCGGUCUUUCCGCCUUGGUGUUUGAAGAAGAUGUACAAUGCUACUGGAUACACUCCUUUGGGCAAUUUGUCGAAUUUCGUUGGAAUCACUGGCUAUCUGGAUAACUUCGCACAGCGAUCCGACAUGGAGGACUUUUUUAAAGCCUAUGUUCCCCAAAUCGCGGCUACCAAAUACACAUUUAGUAUCGUUAGUCCAACGAAUACGGAGGUACCCCAGAAAUACAUCUAUGGGGAUAGCAACAGCGAAGCCAACUUGGACGUUCAGAUCGUCGGAGGGUUAAUUUACCCCAUCCCCAGCACAUUUUAUUCUGUUGGUGGCAGCCCGCCAUAUAAUCCUGAUGUGAAUACCCCUUUCAAUGCAAACGAACCAUUCCUUGAACUAGUGCAUUAUUUCAUGUCUCUACCUAAUGAGCAACUGCCCUCAGUACUCACAACAAGCUACGGUGAUGAUGAGCAAAGCGUACCACGUGCAUAUGCAGUGCGGGUUUGUAGAGGAUUUGCGGCGUUAGGCGCGAGGGGAGUUUCGGUCAUUUUUAGUAGUGGUGAUAUGGGUGUCGGCCCGUACGCUGACAGGCACUCGAACGACUGUCUCUCUAAUGAUGGAAAGGACCGCACCAUGUUUAUUCCUUCCUUUCCCGCUACAUGUCCGUUCGUCACUACCGUUGGCGAGACAUACGGUAUACCACAGCAGAUGGCGGACUCAGGUUCGAGUGGAGGAUUUUCGAAUUACUUCAAGAGACCAAUGUACCAAAUUUCGGAGUAUGUCAAGAAAUUAGGUAAGACCUAUGCCGGGAUGUACAACCCGAGUGGACGUGGGUUUCCGGACUUGUCGUCUUACGGCGAACGGAUACCAUAUUACAAUGCUCACCAACUUUCGCUUUGCUUUGGAACAUCCUGCGCUGCACCAACUGUGGCGGCUCUCGUCGCUUUGUUGCAUGAUCACCAACUCCGACGGGGAAGGAGGAGAUUGGGGUUUCUAAAUCCGUUGCUUUAUUCGGGCCCUGCUCGGAAUGGUUUGACCGAUAUCAUAGCGGGAAAUAAUCCGGGGUGUGGGACCGAUGGUUUCAGUGCUGAGAAGGGGUGGGAUCCCAUAACUGGUCUAGGGACAAUAAAUUUCGGCAAAAUGCUGGAAGUUCUUGACAAGAUAGCAGCACAGACACAUGGAGCACCAUACGAGGACUUUGCAAACUGA